AUGGGUGCGUCCAAGCAUGCGGGCCUUACUCCCGCUGGAGUCGAGUCCAUCGCCGGCCUCACGGCUGGCUCAAUAGCCACUCUGGUCGUGCAUCCUCUCGACAUUGUCAAGACUCGGAUGCAAAUACACCGAAGCACCCUGAACGGAGGAUCGCAAAUCACCACAAAGGCCAUCAUCCGGGACAUGAUCCGCACCCCCCAUCCGAUUGCCUCCCUCUAUCGCGGCUUAACUCCGAACCUCGUCGGAAACGCAGCGAGCUGGUCCAUCUUCUUCUUCUUCAAGACCCGCGCCGAACGCACCCUCGCGACAUGGAAGGGCCUAACUACGGACCAUCCGUCUUCGUCUUCAAUCAAGGCGAAGCUCAAUCCGGCCGACUACUUCAUAGCCUCCGGGAUUGCGGGAGCCCUGACGCAGGUCAUGACGAACCCCAUCUGGGUGCUCAAGACGCGCAUCCUCUCGUCGGACCGCUCAGCCCAGGGCGCUUACCCCGGCAUGCUGUCCGGCGCAGCUCGGCUCUUCAAGACCGAAGGGAUCUCCGGCUUCUACCGCGGCCUCGGCGUCAGUCUCCUCGGGGUAUCCCACGGGGCCGUGCAAUUCGCCGUGUACGAGCCGGCGAAACGCAUGUACUUCGGACAGAGGGGACGGAGGGGUGAGAGUCAAAAGGAGAUGAUGACGACCGAGUCGACGCUUGUCAUUUCGAGCUUGGCGAAGCUCGUCGCGGGCGCUGUGACGUAUCCGCAGCAGGUGUUGAGGAGCAGGAUGCAGAAUUACGACGCCGACGAGAGGUUCGGGAGGGGCGUCCGCCAGGUUGUUGUGAGGAUAUGGCGGGAGGAGGGCGUUAGGGGGUUCUACAGGGGUCUCAUGACUGGAGUUGUGAGAGUGCUUCCUGCUACUUGGGUGACGUUCUUGGUGUACGAGAACGUCAGGUUCUACCUUCCUCGAUGGGUUGAGAUCGUGUAG